UGGGGUUAAGAAAACACUGAAGGUGGACAAACAGACAGCAGCGCACUGAUCCCCUGAGCCUGACAAGCCAACAGAGAAAAACAGGAGACAAUGAGGUUGAACGAUGGUGAUGUGUGAAAAGUGCCUGACUGUGUGAAGGAGGGAACACGAGCCUGGAAUAGCAGGACUGAACAUUUUCUUUGGGAUAUAAGACGCAACUGAAGGGCAGCUAAGGAUGUCCUCACUGUCAGAAGCAGACUUCCGCUGCAAGCAAGGAGACACUAUCUGUGAGAUCCGCGUCUAUGAGCAGGAGGUGAUCAUUGUGCCCAUCCUGCUGCUGGCCAGCUUCCUGGUCACCCUAGUCUUCAUUUUCCUGCUGCGCUUUUGUCCAGAGAAAGUCGACCGCAUCCGUCCACAGGCCUCGAAGUCAACCACCAGGAGAGUGCUGCACGGCAUUGAUGCUCCACCAGGUAUCAAUGUGCUGGAGCACGAAAGCAUCGCCUUGGAAGAGCCCAGUUCCUACUCUACCUUCCACCCCCUGAACACUUACACCCCCAAAAGCCUCUCUAUGUCUGUGGUCACACCCUCUAUCCCGUCCAGCCCAACACCGCAGCCCUUCAAGCCCAGUUUCACUCCCAUUGUCCAGCCCAGAGAGUUGCCCCGUCAGAGGCUGCCUGAGUCCUUCAACCUGGUCACGCCUCUUCCCACUGCCUUCUCCCUGAAGUCCGACUCCUCCGUGUCCCUCUACAGGGCCCGUAUGGAAAACAGGAACGUGGUGCUGCGAGUCCUCAAUGACUCUGCUGAUGCCACAGAAAGACACAACUUCCUGGGCUUUGCGUCCUUCCUGGCCCAGCUGGGGCCGCAUCCCUUCCUGCCAGAGCUGCUCGGCGUGGUCUCACUCCGGGCUCCUCUGGUUACAGUCGUGGAAGAGCUGGAGAACAGAGACCUGCUCAGCUUCUUGUGGCGAUGCAGACAGGAAAAUGUGGAUCCUCCAUGUGAGAUGACUGAAAGAGGAAUAUUUACCAUGGCCAAACAGGUGGCGUCAGCUCUGGAGUUCCUUCACAACAAAGAUCUUAUCCACGGAAACAUUCGUGCCCGCAGCGUGCUGAUCACGAAGGGGCUCACGGCCAAGCUCUGGGGCCUGCAUGGGGUCUACACGAGGAAGAACCAAGGGGCCACUCAGAAAGAUGACCCCAGCAUGAAGAAAUGGCAGGCCCCAGAGUUGUUAGUCAAGAGACCUGCCAGUCAGAGCAGCGACAUCUGGUCAUUUGGCAUCUUACUGUAUGAAAUGGCAACACUGGGUGAAGCUCCAUUUGCAGAAAUCUCAGUUAAUGAGCUGCUGCAAUUUCAUCAACGAGGAAAAAGUCUGAAAAAACCUUCUAACUGUUCCAACACGCUAUACUCCCUCAUUAAGGGUUGUUGCCAGUGGAAAGAUCAAGAUCGACCCUCUCUGGCCGAAGUGAGCCGCAAGCUCCUCUCAGGAGAGAAAAUAGCUUCUGACAAAGUCCUCAAGGCGUCAGGGACAGUUAACAUUGAGCAGUACCUGCAGGAAGCAGGGUACGGGGAAACCAACAACUACACUGUUUUCUGAUCACUGCCUGUGCCAGGUAAAAUAAAUUGCACUAUUCUCCCCAAAGGUACCCAAAUGGUGCACUUCUACAAAUCAUAUCUUUCAGGUGCAAUAAAAGUGUUCCAAACUCUGUUUAUGAGAGCUUUGGGUACUGAAAUUGUUCUUUUAUUUUAUAUAUUUACUUUGGUAAAUGAGAAAAGCAGUAUGCUUAAUGAGUUGUUUACCUUUGGGAAACAUUAAUUUUCAUCUAUGCAAGACCUCAUUCAUGUGCGUCUUCGUCAGACUCGGUAAUUCCUAAGUCUUUCAGUUGGGGAAAUACAACCAGUAAUUUUUGCAGUACACUUCAAGAUUCGUAAACUUGAGCAAUGUACAGCUGCUGCAUCAUGAACUUGUAGUCAAUACUGUCAAUAUAUGAUGGUUUACAAAUCUUGUUUACAAGCAAAAGCAAAAGUAUAUUAACAGAUGUAAUAUGUUAUUACCACCUUUUGUAUGAUUAUAUAAUGGCAGAAUUCUGGAAUUGAAGGGCACAUUAAUCUAUUUAUGCUAUUAUUACACUAAUUUUCUUUUCUAUAAGCUCAGUUCAUGUGAACAUCUGCAAGCAAGAAAUGAGCUCAAACUGUUUACAGAAACUGAAAUGUGAAUAAAAAUAUCCUAAGU